AUGGCGCUUUCCAUACUUGUAAGCCUAUACAAUGGGUUUUUAAACUUGCGUGGAUCAGAUAUUGAUUAUAAUCCCAUAUUUUUCGCGUAUUUGAUUAUUGAUUUCAAUAGUAUUAAACUAUUCAUUGACAAAUCAAAACUUCCAGAAAACUUUGAAAAUUAUCAAAAGCAAAAUGGUGUCGCCAUUCAUGUUCAACCAUAUGACUGUAUUGGAAGCGAAUUACAGGCUUCAAUAAGUAUAUUAUCAAGUGGAAAAAUAUGGAUUUCUCCUAACUCAAGCUAUUUCUUAUGUUCCAAGAUACCUAAAAAAUUAAGAAUACAAGAAAUUACACCUAUAGCUAUCAACAAAGCGAUUAAAAAUAAAAGUGAAAUUGAUGGAUUUAUUAACUGUCAUAUUCGUGAUGGAGUUGCACUUUGUAAAUAUUUCGCUUGGCUGGAACAUGCUAUUCAAAAUGGCGAAAACAUAAGUGAACUAUCUGGAGCUACAAAACUUGAAGCCUUUCGAUCUAAAAAUAAAUACUUUAUGGGGUUAAGCUUUCCAACUAUAAAUGCGAGUGGACCUAAUGGUUCCAUAAUACAUUACCAUCCAACUGAGAAUACCAAUCGUUCCAUAACAAAUAAUGAAAUUUAUUUAUGUGAUUCCGGUGCCCAGUAUUUGUAAGUAGAUGUAUACUCGUUUACAAACAUCGAUAUGAUUUCAGUAUUUUUGACAGAAGAUAAUACAGAUUUAUGCACAAGGGUUUUACAGAAUUAGCCCUAUUCUCCAAUCUCUUAAAAGAUUAAGAAUAUAUAACAACAUUUUCAACAAAAAUGAGUUUGGAGUUU